AUGGGCUCAAAGUUGAAGAAAGAGCGCCGACGAUCGCGAAGUUCAUCGAGGGAACACAAGAAGAAAAGAAAAAGAAGCGAAUCGACUGAUGAAUCGAGCGCCUCGUCGGGGGAUUUCCAAAAGAAGCUCCAAGACCAUCGAAAGGAGAAACGCGAGCAGAAAAAAGUGGACAAGGAACGACGAAAGGAAGUAGAAACACCAGAGGAGAAAAGGGCUCGACGUUUGGCGAAGAAACUUAAAAAGCAAGAGAAGCGCAAACAGCAAGUCGAUGAUGGUUAUCUUCCGCCGUCAGUUCCUUACACCAAUCUCAACAAUCCUUUCAAUGAUCCAAAGCUGAGCGACACUUUUGUUUGGAAGAAGAAAUUGGACACUGAGGGACGCGGGGAUAUCAAAAAGAAAGAUCUUGAAAGAGAAACCAAAGAUCGUGUACGGAAAAAUCUCUACGAAAUGGAGGAGCUAAAAAGAAAUCGAGAUGCUAGACUUGCUGCUCGAGAAGACUACGAUAUGAUCAAACGAGACCAAGAAAAGGCAAUGUAUGGAGAUUGGGAUAAAACCGAAGCCGAUUUUCAACUUCAGCAAGCAAAGGUUCGCUCUCAAUUAAGGAUAGAACAAAACCGUGCAAAACCGAUCGAUCUUCUCAUCAGAUACAUCGAUUACAAAGAUGAACCAACAGAAGUAGAUAAAACUGGAGACAAAGAAUUUGAAUUAGAAGAUCCUUUCAAAUAUAUCCGAAAUUUGACAAUUGACGAUUAUGAGGAUCUAUUCGAGGAUAUCAAGGUGUGCAGGAAGAUUGAUGGAAUCAAAAAUGCCGACUUUUGGGAGGACAUCAUCACGAUUGCCAGUGACGAACUCCGACGCGCAAAAACCUCCAAAAAAGAGGCGCCCACUCAAGUGGUUCAAGGCGACAUUGAAAAAGUUUACAAGGUAUGUAAA